AUGGCCGUGCUCGAACAGCUCUUUGCUCACUGGCAAUCUGCCCUACUUGCGAUCAUCCCGCUCUUUGCAUAUUACCUGCUACAAAAGCUCAAGCCAAAUCAAAAUGACGUCAAGAGAUUCGCCGAUUUCCCUCAACCCGAGGAGCCCGACAAGACGAGAGGACAUUGGCCAUGGAUCGAAAAGGCUGCGGGCGAAGGCGAGGCGGGAAGGUCAUUUGAUAUAAUCUUGUAUGAGCAAGCGAAGAAACUUGGGUACCCGCCGGUCUUGCUGGUUGAUUGGAGGCCAGUUGAAUCAUUCGUCCUCUUGUUCAUUUUCAAUAAUAGUGUAGCCGAGCAAGUCACCAGAGCCACCAAACAGUACAGCACUAGUGUGCCUAAGCACCCGGCGAUGCAGGACUUGGCUCCCUUGGUUGGUUCCCGAUCACUUGUCACACUGGAUGGCGACGAAUGGAAAGGUCUACGGAAGCGCAUCCUUCCGGGGUUUCAACCUCAGCAUCUUUUAAGUCUCGUUAAAGUCAUAUUGGACAAGAGUCAAUACUUCAUAGAACAUUUGGAACGGCUAGCCGCAUCCGGCGAAGAGUUCGCCGUUGACGAAUUGACCAUCAACCUAUCGUUCGACGUUAUUGGCAUUGUAACAUUCGACAUGGACCUCAACGCUCAGAUACCCGGCCAACAAAGUCCUCUGUUGACAACGUACCGUGAGCUGUCGCAUGCCUUCGUCAAACGGGAUAACUCGAAGCACUGGGUCCGAAGAUACUUCUCAGAGAACGAACGGCAGAUCAGAAAGCUAGACAACAAGCUAGACGCCAUACUGAAGGAAAAUAUCAAGAGGGAACAUGCGAAAUUAACGAAAGGCGAUGCCACAGCGUCUCGUAGUGUAGCGGCGCUCAGCUUACACGGUAUUAAGAAGCUCACCCCGGAGAUUCUCCAGCAAACGAGUGAUACUUGUCGAGGCUUUCUAUUCGCUGGGCACGAUACGACAAGUAUCUUGAUGCAGUGGAUCUUUUACGAGCUGCAUAGAAGCCCACACGCUCUGAAAGCUCUGACGGAGGAGCUUGACAGCGUGUUUGGACCUGAUACGAACCCUUCGACCAUCAUUGCUAGACUACUGGCUCCCGGAAACGGAGAGCUCAUGGGAAAUCUGAAGUAUACCGAUGCAAUCAUCAAGGAGACUCUCCGACUGUACCCACCGGGGACCACAGCUCGACUGGCGCCCGAAGGAUCCGGCACUACGUUGAUCAUGCCUGACGGAAAGCAGUUGGUGGUUGACGGUCUUGUGUUGACUCCUAGGGCCUACGUCAUUCAGCGAGACCCUGCCAUCUUCGGCGAAAGCAAGGACGAUUUUGUACCUGAGCGCUGGCUUGGACCAGAAGCUGCAAACAUCCCGGAGAGCGCGUGGCGACCAUACGAGAGGGGCCCUAGACGCUGCACUGGCUCGGAGCUUGCAAACAUGGAAGUCCGGGUGGUUCUGGCUUGCAUUGCGAGACGAUUCGAAUUCGUCAAGAUCGGUCGCGGAGAGUUGGAAUUGGAUGAGGAUGGAAGUCCCAUCCUGAACGAGAAGGGCUAUUACAAGACGAAAUCUGAGAUGUAUAGUACUGACGUUGUAACCGCCAAACCGGUUGAUGGAAUGAAGAUGAAAGUCAGAAUCAGCGAACGGGCAAAGGCAACCGUAUGA